AUGGAUAUCGGUCAGCGCCCUGUUGCUAAGGCUUCGGAAGACAUCAUCCAGUGGGUGAAUGGGACCAAUGUCGGCAGCACCCAAGAAUCCGUCUCCAGAGCGGAGAUCGAGUACAAAGACUUGAUCGGCGAACUCUUCAAAUCCACCCAGUCCCGAGCCGGGAGUGCAGACAGAGGCCAUGCAGCCAGAGAUCACGACAAAGCCCAACAGGGACGCAAGGCGUGA